CAACUGUAGCAAGGGAUGAGAAUCACCAGAUGUUUUUUCCCACCGACGAGCGCGCAAAACUACUCAACAAUCAAAUCCACCCGGGAUGGAUUACCUUAGUUAAUCUCGCUUCGCGAGUGAUCGGAUUAGAUUAGUGAUUUUGUGGCCUUUAGAGAGAUGGGAGCCACGCCGUUGAGCGACAUCCAGUUCCGUCAAGCGAUCCCAGCCGAUAGGGAAGCGUUGCGUGAAGCUUUGGGGACAUUCUUCUACGCCGAGGAACCGCUGACGAUCUACUACUACCAGGGCAGUGAUGUCACCGAUGACGACAUGGAGUUCUCGUUAUCUCUCAUCGAGGAGGGAUUCGUUUGGUUGGCCGUGGAGCAAGGUAGCGGACGAAUCGUUGGACUAUCCGGCGGUGCCAUAACCGAACCUGAUGAAGUCACGCACUUGAUCGACCUGGCUGGGCGUACCGAAACCAAGAAGUUCGCCGAUAUUCUGCGGGUGCUGGGAUAUCUAUCGCACGAAGUGGACGUGUUCAAUCGAUACGGGGUGGACAAGGUAUAUCACUUGCACUUCUUGGCGGUUGAUUCUCGACUACGGGGGCGAUCGCUCGGCAGGAUUCUUAUGGAGAAGCAAUUUGAAUACGCUGUGAAAUGUGGAACGAAAGUGCUUCGCGCGGAUGUCACUGGAUUCUAUUCGGCAAAGCUGUUCGAGUCUUUGGGCAUGGAAACUGUUAAAGUUAUAGCUUACAGCGAUUAUCUGACCGAGGACGGUCAACAAAUGUUUCUAGCUGAAGAACCGCACGAUUGUAUGAAAGGGAUGGUUAAGAUAUUGCAAUAAAUUUUGGAAGUGUUGCCCAAA